CGUCGGCGGGUCCACGCGCUGUGGAGGCAGUGCGCAGGCGCGGGCCUGGCUGUGCGGGCGGCGGUUGAGGCUUCCGGACGCGGCGCCGACCAUGACCCAACAGGGCGCGGCGCUGCAGAACUACAACAACGAGUUGGUCAAGUGCAUCGAGGAGCUGUGUCAGAAGCGAGAGGAGCUGUGCCGGCAGAUCCAGCAGGAGGAGGACGAGAAGCAGCGGCUGCAGAAUGAGGUGAGGCAGCUGACGGAGAAGUUGGCCCGCGUCAACGAGAACCUGGCGCGCAAGAUCGCCUCUCGCAACGAGUUUGACCGGACCAUCGCAGAGACCGAGGCCGCCUACCUCAAGAUCCUGGAGAGCUCUCAGACUCUGCUCAGUGUCCUCAAGCGGGAAGCUGGGAACCUGACCAAAGCCACAGCCUCAGACCAGAAGAGUAGUGGAGGCAAGGACAGCUGACGAGUGCCUGUCUCAGCCGUGGCCUGUGGCUGCUCAGUCCCCAACAUGUCUGUCCUAAAGCAUCUUUGUUCUGCGUGGCCUCAGAUGCCUUCUCACUAUCACAGGAGCCCAGAGGGGCAGCUUCCGACCUCCACCGGCCUUGGGUGACAAGAAAAGCCCUAGGACAGUCCAAUAGGAAAGGAGAUCGUUGCUCUGUACUCACAGGUGUCGUGGGGACCCUGAGCUCCUGGUUAGCACCAUGACUGGCCUCUCUCUGAAGCCCCCAAACCCCCUUGGGCUGCCAGGGAGGUCCUGGUCCUGGUCCAGGUACUGUGGGAA